AUGUCUCCCGGGCAGACGGAGGCAGAGAAGCCGGACGUCGAGACGUUGAACAUCUUGACGCGUACCUGUGCCGGGUUCCGUGCGAAGACGAAGAAGGAGCGCUUUGAAGAGCAGAGCUGGGACUCGUUUUCAACGAGUCCCUACUACGAGAUCUUACGGGAGUACGCGGACGUACUUCCGGAAGAGAUUCCUGCGGAGCUUCCGCAGGACAAGGGCAUCCAGCACGAGAUUGAUCUCGUGCCGGGGACGAAGUACUGUGUCACGCGGCAGUGGCCACUGCCGCGAGAGCAGGUCAAGGCGAUCGACGGCUUCUUUGAGAGUCGUCGCAAAGCUGGACAAGUGCGGGAAUCGAAAUCCCCGCACAGUGCUCCGACGUUCUGUGUCAAGAAGCCACAGGGCGGUUGGCGCAUCGUUCAUGCGUACAACAAGCUGAACGAUGCGACGAUUCCGGCGCAGACACCGAUACCGCGAAAAGAUGUCAUCAUCGAUUCGAUGGCCAGGAGCACUAUCUACAGUGCUCUUGAUCUGCGCGAUGGGUUCUAUCAGAUCCUCAUGCGUGAGAGCGAUAUCCCUCUCACGGCCGUGAGCACGCCGAGCGGCAUGGUCUGGGAGUGGCUAGUGAUGCCGCUGGGUCUGAAGAACGCCCCUGCGACCUUCAACAGGUGCGUGACGCACUUGUUGCGCUCGGUGCGCGACUUCGCACCGAGCUACUUCGACGAUGUGUUCGUCCACAGCCGGGCUGCGGACGGGAUGAGCGAUGUUGAGAUGCACAAGGUGCAUCUCCGGAAGCCGCUUGCGCUCAUGCGCAAGCACAAGCUCUAUGCGAACCUGAAGAAGUACAUCUUCGGGGCGAGCGAGAUACCCGUGCUCGGGUGUCUCGUUGGGAAGAACGGUGUCCGCCCUGACCCUGAGAAGGUCAGAGUGAUCAAUGAGUGGCCGACGCCGUCGAACGUCAAGGAACUGCGACAGUUCCUUGGCAUGGUCACGUACUUGUGCAAGUACGUGAAGGACUACGCGGGCAUGAUACGCCCGCUGUCACAGCUCCUGAAGAAGGACGCCGAGUGGGUUUGGACUGCUGAGUGUCAGCAGGCCUUCGAUGCAGUCAAGCGGGGCUUGACUGAGGCGCCGAUCUUGGCGGUGGCCGACCAAGAUCGCCCGUUCCACGUUGUGUGCGACGCAUCCGACUUCGCAAUCGGAUGUGCCUUGAUGCAGCACGAUCACGAGGGCCGUGAUCGUGUCGUCUACUACCAAUCGCGUCAGCUGAAGCCAGCUGAGCGCAACUACCCGGUUCAUGCCAAGGAGCUCCUUGCCAUGAAGUACGCACUUGCGAAGUUCCGAGUGUAUCUACUCGGAAGCAAACCGUUCGUGGUCUAUACGGACCACGCGUCGUUGCGGACGGCUGUGAAGUCGCCGCACAUCUCCCAACGGAUGGCAAGAUGGCUCUCAUUCUUCGCAGAGUAUAACUUCCGGGUUGAGUACAAUCCCGGAAGACUCAAUGUGGUGGCCGACGCGCUCUCGCGUCGACCUGACUACGCCACGACUGAUGCCGACGUCAAUGCCAUUGACGCCAUGCGAUCGAGCACCCCGACGUCGUCACUGUUGGACGACGUGAAGGUCGCGUACGCGCACGACGCGGACGCGAAGCUCUUGCUGGCCUACGGCUCAGCGCCUUCUGACCAAGCUCGUCAGAAGCUGCCGAAGCAUCUUCGUGCUCGUGCACACCGUUACCGGGAGCACGACGGGUUAUUACUCUACAGUGCAGUCGACGACAACGCGGACCGCGUUGUCGUGCCCAAUGACCAUGUCCUGCGACUCAGGAUCAUGUAUGAGUAUCACGAUGCACCGACUGCGGGGCAUCCGGGCCGUGAGAAGACAUACCUUCUUCUCACGCGAGACUUCUACUGGGCCCACCAGUAUAAAUGGGUGCGCAAGUACGUCCGUGCUUGCGAGGUUUGUCAACGUGUGAAGCAUGCGCCUUUCGCGCAGGCUCCCUUGCAGUCACUGCCGACUCCGUCGGAGUGUUGGCAGUCCAUGUCUUUGGACUUCGUGUUCAGUCUUCCCCCGGACAGCCUGGGGAACACGGGCAUUGUGGUCUUUGUUGACCGCUUCAGCAAGAUGGUACAUCUUGCUGCGGUACCCGCUGAAGUGACUGCGAAACAGACGGCGCGUCUGUUCGCUGACAUGGUGUUCAAACACCAUGGCAUGCCGAUCGACAUUGUGUCGGAUCGAGACCCGCGCUUCACUGCGCACCUGUGGCAAGAAGUGUUUACACUUCUUGGGAGUCAACUUUCGAUGUCGACUGCGGACCAUCCGCAGACGGACGGGCAGACCGAGCGCGUGAACCGCGUGCUCGUAGACGUGCUUAAGAGCUACGCUCACUCGUUCCAACACUGGAGCGAGUGCCUGCCGAUGGCGGAGUUCGCCAUCAACAACUCGGUACAUGCCUCGACCGGGCAUACACCGUUCUACGUGAAUGCCAUCAGGCACCCACGCCUCCCGAGUCUACUCGGGAUGGUGGCUCCUUCCUUAAGUGGGGGAGGAUCUAUGACUGCAACGCAGCAGCCGCAGAAUGCCGCUGACACUUGCACAGUGUCAGCCGCGACUACGCGCAAGGAGAAGAAGAAGAAGCACGCGCCUGUGCCCUGCACAGACGCCGACAAGCGCAAGAAGAAGAAGAAGAACGGGUCUGUGCAGGGCACAGACACCGCGAAGACGAACGCAGAGGCCGGGCCUACUGCUAGAAACGAGCUGAACGAGUUCAGCACGGACGCAAUCAACUUCGUGCAGCGCAGACAAGCCGUCAUUCGGUUUGUCCAAGAAGCUAUCGCAGCUUCUGUCGACCGACAGAAGCUGAACGCAGACAAUGUUGGUAG